UAGUAGUAUUAUUAUUUACUUAUUAUUACCUAUACAUCUGGGGUUGUUGUUGAUUUUUUCUACACUUUCACGACAGGACUCGACCACAGAGGCCGGAUACAUUUACCAACAAACUAUCAAAGACUAGGAAGAAAACACACACAGAAUAUAUCCACACACACAAACAGGCGACUGACUAAACGGAAAAAAAGGGGAAACCGAUCAUCAAAAAGAAAAAAAAGCGAUUAUGGGCUGUAAAUCAUCGAAGCAGGCGCCAAAGUCGAAGAAUCACGAGGGGAACGCGGCGGCCGAACGACGCGAGGAGACCCCCGUGGCCGGGGCCUCCAAUCCCUCGGAGGUGCGGCCCUCCAACGCCGCCGAGAUGGGCGUUGCGCCCGCGGAAACCACCGGAUUCUCCGCCCCGGAAGGUCGCGCCUCCGCCGCGUAUUUCCCUCCGAAUGAAUCCCCAACGGGCGCGGGAAUUUCCGCGCCUUCUCGCGAGCCCACGCGGCCGAUUUCCGCCGCCACCGAGGUCGACGAAGACGGUAAGGUGAUCGCCCUGCCGAAAGGAACGUGGAUUCGGGCGGAAGGAACGCCGUAUUAUUACUCCGCGAUGGAAAACCUCUUCUACCACCCUCCAAGUCGUCAAUUCUACGAUCCGAAUAAUGAAAUGUGGUACGACUCCGAUACAAACGAGUGGUAUCGGGAUGACGAUGACGAGUCGGAUUCCCAUCACGCCCGAAUGCGCGCCUCCUAA